AUGAACUCCAAGUGUCAGCGUGUGAAGCUCAAUGAUGGGCACUUCAUUCCUGUGCUGGGCUUGGGUACUGCUGUACCUGAAGAGUUUCCCCGGAAUAACUUGAAGGAAAUCAUCAAAAUCGCUAUAGAUGCAGGCUUUCACCAUUUUGAUUCUGCCUUUCUUUAUAAAACUGAAGAGUAUGUGGGAGAGUCCAUCCGAAAAAAGAUUGCUGAUGGCACUGUGAGGAGAGAAGAUAUAUUUUACACAACUAAGGUUUGGUGUAAUUGCCUUCGCCCAGAACUGGUGAGAUCUUCCUUGGAACAGUCACUGAAGAAAGUUCAGUUGGACUAUGUGGACCUGUAUCUCAUGCAUUUCCCAAUGGCCUUGAAAGCAGGAGAAGAUGAGUUUCCGAUAGAUGAACAUGGAAAAUUAAUAUUUGACACAGUGGAUCUCUGUGCCACCUGGGAAGCCAUGGAGAAGUGUAAGGAUGCAGGACUGACCAAGUCUAUCGGAGUGUGUAACUUUAACCGUAGGCAACUGGAGAAAAUCCUGAACAAACCAGGUCUCAAGUACAAGCCUGUGUGCAAUCAGGUAGAAUGCCAUCCUUAUCUCAACCAAAUUAAACUUCUGGAUUUCUGCAAGUCUAACGACAUUGUGCUGGUUGCAUAUGGGGUUCUGGGAACACAACGAUACACAGGAUGGGUGGACCAGAACUCCCCUGUUCUCUUGGAUGAACCAGUUCUUCAUCGAUUGGCAAAAAAAUACAGUCAGACUCCAGCCUUGAUCGCACUUCGCUACCAGUUGCAGCGUGGGAUUGUGGCCCUCCACAGCACUCUCAAGGAAAAGCACAUCAAAGAAAACACACAGGUUUUUGAAUUCAAGUUGACUUCAGAGGAUAUGAAAGUCCUUGAUGGCCUGAAUAGAAAUCUGCGAUAUCUGCCUGCAACCAUGUUUGAGGGCCACCCUAAUUUUCCGUUUUCUGAUGAAUAUUAACAUGUGUGGAUAUCUAUUGGAAGGUUUGCUGGUGGGAGACUGCCCAUCCACUGAUGUCUUGACUUGUCACUUCUACUCUGUAGCAAUUCAGAACCUCCUGAAGCUACACUUUAGCUAAGACAGUAAAAUAAAAGUAAGAAAUCUGUCCCAUCCUGAAUCCA